AUGGCGUUGGAACUAGGCUUCCCGGAAUUUCCUUCUCUGCAUCGGUCUAGUUUAGUGUGGGCCACAACAGGAAUAUUCCAAGAAUGUAGAAUGGCCUUACCUGAAUUGGCUGGAGUCAGGAUCACAGAUCUGCACUGCCGGAGAGGGCAAUUUGAGCAACUAGAGGCCGGAUCUUCUGGCACCUUUUUGGUUCUGCUAAAGAAUGAUGAGAGUGAGGAUCAAAGAGGGAAAGUGACUUCUCCAAAGUCACAGAGUAAUCGAAUCAAAUCAAGGGCUACUGAGCUCAUCUCUGACCAGAGCAGAAACGUGAGGGGGGAGGAAGAAGAGGAAGAAGUGAUGGCUGCUUCCCAGGAAACUCCAGCCCAGGUCGAGUUGACAUUUGAGGACAUGGCCGUGGAGUUCUUCACGGGAGAGUGGCGAUACCUGUCCUGGGCUCCGCAAGUUCUGUACAGGGAGGUCAUGCUGGACAACUACGAGAAUCUGCUGUCCGUGGGUCUUAAUGUCUCUAAUCCAGACCUCAUCACCUGUCUGGAGGAAGGAAAAGAGCCCUGGAAAGGGAGCAGAAAGGAACCAUCAAGAAGAACUAGAGAUGAGCAGUCUACAGAGCCACAGUACCCAUGUAAGCAAUGUGGGAGAACCUUCUGGAAAUACUCUGCCCUCGCUCUUCACCAGGGAAUCCACUGCGAAAAGCAACCCUAUCAAUGUAAUGAAUGUGGGAAAACUUUUCCCUACUACUCUAAGUUCUACAGCCAUCGGCAAAUCCACAUAGGGAAGAAACCUUUCAAGUGUCAGCAGUGUGACCAGUGUUUUGAGCAUCUGUCCAGAUGUGAUGCAUGUGAUAAGUCCUUCAGGCAGAGUGGGGAUCUGAUAAAACACCAGCGCAUCCACACUGGAGAGAGACCUUACCAGUGUCCCCACUGUGACAAAUCCUUUAAACAAAGCUCAGCAUCUAAGCGACACCAGAGAACCCACACCAGGGAGAAACCCUAUGAGUGUGAACAGUGCGGCAAGACUUUCAUGAAUAGCUACAACUUCAAAGAACAUAGGGGGUCACACACAGGAGAGAAAAGCUACAAAUGUGAGCAGUGCCACAAAACCUUCAUAUUCAGUACGAGCCUUAGAAAACACCAGACAACCCACAAUAAGGACAAACCUCAUGCAUGCAAACCCUGUGGUGAGACUUUCCAGGAUUUCUCUGAUCUCAAACGACAUGUGAAUACCCACCCAGAAGAGAAACCCUACACAUGUGAACAGUGCCACAAAUCCUUCAAAUCCAGCUAUGGCCUUAGAAGACACCACAGUGUGCACACCAAGGAGAACUCAUGA